CAGUGGAGGGAUUGGCAGAGUGGGGUGGAGGACACUGAGUGGAGGCCAGUGGAGGGAUUGGCAGAGGGGGUGGAGGACACUGAAUGGAGGCCAGUGGAGGGAUUGGCAGAGGGGGGUGGAGGAGGACACUGAGUGGAAGCCAGUGGAGGGAUUGGCAGAGUGGAGGCCAGUGGAGGGAUUGGCAGAGGGGGGUGGCGGAGAUGGAGCGGCAGGCCAGUGAGGAGGGAGUUGCAGUAGUCCAGUCGUGAUAUGAUGAGGGAGUGGAUGAGCUGUUUAGUGAUUGGACUUGGGGCUGGAAGGAUAGGUUGGAGUCCAG